CGAUCCACGUUUCUAUUUAUUUAAAGAACGAAACCAUAACUUCCCGCACUCGGAUCUCCCAUAAUGUAUGUGAGAGAGAAGAAAGUAGCAUUAUUAUUGGAUUAGCAAAUCUCAGUCUGACCCGUCUCGAAGAGAGUCGUAACUUGAUUUUAGUGACUGGGUAGUAGAACAGAUCUUCUUGGAUCGUUUCCUCACUUCUUGAGUCUUCUUGGAAGAGCUUCAUGAUGAAAGGGAGAACAACCAACAAUGUCCAGUCAAAGCGAUCUACUAAGAACGGAAGAAAAGAUCAGAAGCUACAGAAGAAGAACAGCCAGAAAAGAUUGUCAGAGCAAGAGAAACACAAUGACUUAAACGCUAACGAAGAUUCUAACGAUACCCCUACACUGGUAAGUGAUUCAACCACACACUCAGAUCCAUCUGUGGCUUACGAGACUGUAGAUGUUCGUUACUUGGACGACGAUGUAACUGAAAGAAAGGAGAAAGAGGAGAGUGUAAAUGGAUCCAAAGAUGAUGAUGAACAAGAAGUUAAAGAAGCUCGUGAAGGUAAUAACAAUGCUGAUGUCUGGGAAGAUGCUUCAAAUGGUGGUCUUAGUAGUGCUGGAAGCGAGAACGAGUCCCCUGGUGUAACAACAGAGAACGGUGAUGAUGAACAGUUUGAGGAAGAGAAGAUUAAGCAUCUCGAGAAAAGAAUCGAGAGACUUGAAGAGGAGCUUAGAGAAGUCGCCGCACUCGAGAUUUCUCUCUAUUCCGUUGUUCCUGACCAUUCUAGCUCAGCACACAAGCUUCACACCCCUGCAAGGCGUCUUUCAAGAAUCUACAUCCAUGCCUGUAAGCAUUACACUCGAGGAAAGCGUGCUAGGAUCGCUACGAACUCUGUUUCUGGUCUUGUUUUGGUUGCAAAAUCUUGUGGGAAUGAUGUUUCAAGGUUGACUUUCUGGUUAUCAAACAUCAUAUCUCUAAGGGAGAUCAUUUCGCAGCAGUUUGGCAAGUCUCACAUCACAGAGACCUCUGACUCAAAUGGAAGUGAUUCAGAGAAGAAAGGUCGUCUCCAAAAGCUUUUGGAGGAUUGGCAGGAAACUGAAACGUUUACUACUUCACUUGAAAAAAUCGAACACUGGGCCUUCACUAGAAUCGUUGAGUCUGUUUGGUGGCAGGUCUUUACUCCUCGUAUGCAAUCCCCUGAAAGCAACUCAUCUGAGAAGAAGCAAGGAACCUUUUCUAUUAGCCUAUGGAACAAAGCUUUCAGAGAAGCUCUGCAACGGCUUUGUCCUGUGAGAGGCGCGGGACACGAAUGUGGUUGCUUACCUGUUUUGGCUAGAAUGGUGAUGGAGAAGUGUAUCAGUAGAUUCGAUGUAGCUAUGUUCAAUGCUAUCCUGCGGGAGUCAGAACAUCAGAUUCCAACUGAUCCUGUCUCUGAUCCUAUUCUUGAUUCAAGAGUUGUGCCUAUUCCUGCUGGUGACUUAAGCUUUGGAUCAGGAGCACUACUCAAAAACGCGAUUGGUAAUUGGUCUAGAUGCCUCACUGAAAUGUUCGGCAUGAACAGCGAAGAUGAUGAUCAUGUAGAAAGUGAAGGCAGUGAUAGUAGUAAAGCUUUUGUAUUGUUAAAUGAACUUAGUGAUCUUCUUAUGCUCCCAAAAGACAUGCUUAUGGAAAGUUCCAUUAGAGAAGAGAUAUGUCCAUCGAUCACACUUGCACUAAUCAAAAGAAUACUAUGCAACUUCACUCCUGAUGAGUUCUGUCCAGAUCAUGUACCCGGAGCUGUCCUAGAAGAGCUUAACUCUUCUGAGACCAAUGGUGAUGAUAAGCUGCUAUCAGAAGAAAGCUUCCCUUAUGCAGCAGCUUCCUCUGUUUCUUACGUACCUCCGUCGACCAAGGAUGUAGGAGAGAAAGUUGCAGAGCUUGCAGGGAAAAUGUCAAGGAAUGUGUCUAUAAUACAGGGAAAAGGGUACACUAGCGACGAGGAGCUUGAGGAACUCGACUCUCCUCUUACAUCCAUCGUACACAAAUCUAGCGACUUCACUGAUUCAACGACAUCAAAUGAAAGAUACAAGCUUCUUCGACAAGUGUGGGUUUAGUUGGUGUGAUUCAUUUGGAAAGCAAGUUAAAAAGUGUAAUUAAUAUGUGUGUACUAUGAAUCUUAUGGGCUAUUGCAGAGACAAUUCAUAUCUGAAGUUUUAUAAA